GAGCUCCUCCCUCCUCAGCCGGACAGCAGCUGGCAAAAGUCAAACAAAGCUUUUAGAGAGAGAAAAGUGAAACAAGGUCAAAGAAGGUGUAAAUUAAACCAAACACCAAGAACAGCGAGUUGUGGGAGGUCAUCCAUCAUUACUUUGACCUUAGAAAAUUUUCCAGAAAUUUCCCAGGCUUUAACUGGACAGGUGUUACCGGAGCGAAACUUUUUCCCAGGAAGAUAAGUUAACGACGCUUAAACCCAGGAAGUAACACAAGAGCUGACCCAUGUAAGGAAGGAGAUUGGAGAGCUCUCUCUCUCUCACACACACACACCAAUUACACACACAAGGACACUAUAAUGGCAGCUUUCAGUGACACCUGUGACUCUAAGGUGAGUCGGACCGCCAGGCUCCGUGGAAUGUAUAUGAAAAGCAAGUCCAAUGUGUGUGGAAGUCCUCAGGAGCAGAGUGACUGUAGCACUGUGCUGGAGAAGAGUCAGGAAUUCUUUCAGAUCUGUGACACUGAGGACAAGGGCUUCGUUACUCGACGGGACAUGCAGAGGCUUCUUGGAGAAUUUCCUCUGAGUGCUGAGGAACUGGAGAAUGUGUUUGAUACGUUGGACACAGAUGGAAACGGAUACCUUACACCAGAGGAGUUCUCCUCUGGCUUUAGUGAGUUCAUAUUUGGCCCUGCAGCUUCCGCAGCAACUCCACAGCCUGCUCCAAAGCACUUUGCAGAGCCGAUUUCUCCUGAUCUGCUCUACCAGAGUCAGUGGGAGGAUAAACUCAAUGUGAGCGAGGAUGACGAGGAGAAACAUUUCUGCAUUCUGAUGGAGAACCUGGGAGCCAGCAAUGUCUUCGAGGAUCCAGGAGCAGUUCGCAGUCUGUGGGCUCAGCUGCGCAGGGAUGAGCCUCAUCUCCUAUCUAACUUUGAGGAGUUUCUUGCCAGGGUCACGUACCAAAUUAAAGAAGCUACCCAGGAGAAGAGCGAGAUGGAAACUGCUUUGAAAAGGAAAGCAGCAUCCCAUGAUGAUGAAAUCCAGCGUCUCUAUGAGGAAAUGGAGCAACAGAUCAAAAAUGAGAAAGACAGGAUUCUUUUACAGGAUUCUGAAAGGUUCUUAUCUCGCAGUCAAAAUCUCGAGUACCAGCUUUCUAGCAAAGAGAAGGAACUUGAACUGCUUUCAAACAAACAGAAACGGUUAGAGCAACAGUGUCGUGAGCUGCACAGCGAGCAAAGGGAGACUGCAGUAGAGAAUGUGAAACUGAAGCAGUAUAAUGAGGAGUUGGCUCACGAGCUGGAGAACACCACUCAGGAACUGAGCUUAGCACAGGAGCAGCUCAGUCUGCUACAGGAACAAGCUUCUCGCCUACAAGAAGAGCGAGAGCUGGAGAUGUACAGAGUUACAGAAGGUUUGCAAAGAGAGAGAGCAAGUCUACUUAAGCAACUAGAUUUACUAAGGGAAAUGAACAAACAUUUACGAGAUGAGCAGGAUCUGUGCUAUCAAAAACCAAAGAACUCAGCUGUAAAAGCAUCAAGGACACAGAGAUCUGGAUACACAGAAAGGAAACAAUCAUUUAAAAGUGAUGAUGAAGAGGACAUACUGCCACAUACUAAGAGGAAGAGUGCAAUAGGUAUAAAGGGACACAGUUUGGCUCGAGGGCAGGAGGAUCAAGCAGGGGGAUGGUGUUCUCCUACACACCAGCUACAGAGGAUCAUCUCCAUUGAGGAAGACCAUCUCCCCCAGCUCCUGCAGAAAGAGUACCAGGCUGAGCUCAGGAACUGGAGUGAAGAAGAGGAAGACCUGGAACACGGCAUUGACCUCCAGAUGACCAGUAUCUUCCCUUCUGCCAGUACACCAAUCUCACAGUGUCCUCCACCAGAGAGCAGGCAUACACACACCCCCACCUCACCCAGGGGGCAACCGGUGGGCAAGGAGACUGGCCAGUCGGAGGAAGGAGCAAGUUCAGGACCAGACCGUCUGUUUAAGAUCGUUCUUGUGGGAAACUCCAGUGUUGGCAAGACCUCUCUACUGCGCCGUUUCUGUGAUGAUUGUUUCCACCCAGGAACCUCAGCAACUGUCGGUAUUGACUACAGUGUAAAGACGCUUAUAGUGGACAACAGCCGGGUAGCACUGCAGAUGUGGGAUACAGCUGGGCAGGAAAGGUACCGCAGCAUCACUAAGCAGUUUUUCCGCAAGGCAGACGGCGUAGUGGUCAUGUAUGACAUCACAUGUGAGCAGACUUUUACAGCAGUGAGAUCAUGGCUAGCCAGUGUACAGGAAGGAGCAGGAGAUGACAUUCCUGUUAUGUUGCUGGGAAAUAAGACAGAUCUAGAGGGCCAGAGAGAGAUCCAGUUCAGAGUGGGGGAGAAAUUAGCUAAGGAGUCUCAGCUGAUUUUCUUUGAGUGCAGCGCUUUUUCUGGCCACAAUGUGACCGAGUCCAUGGUGCACUUGGCAAGCCUCUUUUCUUGUAGGAUUCUGAAGGAACAAGAGGACAGAGAGAAAGAGAAAACUGUCUCCCUGGUUGAUGCCUCUUCAAAGAAGAAGUCUUGCUGCUAGCAGAGAGAUCCUCUCACACACACACACACGCACGCACGCACACACACGCACACACAGUGCUUAAAGGCAGCUUGUUCACCUCCAUCUUUCUGGUUUCAAGGGUACAGUUUUACACACUUCUCACCCUCUACACCUGUGUUUUAACGUAAUAUAACACUUUUAGACAUGUUUUGUAAUUGUUUUUAACUUUGACAACAGAGUAAAUGAGCAGUGUUGUUAUGGGUGAAGAUUUGCACUAUAGGUUUUUGGUAGAUCAACUGUACAUAUAAAAUAUAGGCUCAUCAUACCAAAAGCAAGCUUUAUCAUAGUAUUUACACCAACAUAUAUUAACUAUUGAGAAAAGUAGAUGAAGGAAAUCUCAUAUUUAAACUUUUGUUGUUUACAGUACAUACGUUUACAUUUCUAAACUUAAAGCUCCAAAUGUGUUUAUUUGAAAUUACUUGCCUUCUGUGUGUUUUAUGAGGGGGAAACAAAAUGUCAAGCUCAUCUAGAAGAGGAUUAUUAUAGUUUAUUUUACUGUCUGAACAAACACAUUUAUUUUAGGAGUUUCUGAAGAGUUGUGAAGAACAAUUGAUAGGAAAUCUGCCCAUUGUGUGAAUUCGAAAUACUCAUACUGGAAAGCAGGGUUUGUGCCUGUAUGUUCAUUUGUGUUAGUUGAAAUGUUUCUUUGAUACAUGGCCUGAAUCCACUAACUUUGCACAAGCAGUUUAGUGCAAUCAGUGUUGACGACACUGCCAAAUCUCAAUGGAUUUUUUUUUUAUUAGUAGUAUUUUUUACAGAUUUAGUGUAAACAAUGUUGGCUCUACAGCCAAAUGAAAGCUUCGAGCUGUCCAUGUUCUCCCUGUAGUGCAGCUAUUAUCCAUUUUUCACUUCUUUUUUUUUUUUUUUGCCUCUGUAUCAAGGAUAAAUAUUGAAGACCCUAGCACUUUGAAAAGAUCAAGAAGGGCUUGUUUUUUAUAGCAUUAAAUAAGUCUGAGGCCAUGAAACAAUUUGUGAUUGGGAUCUCAAAUUGUUCUGUCUGUAAUGUGUGCUUGGUUUGACCAUCUUCUGUCCUGUGUGACAAAUAUACAUCAUGCUAACAGAUCAUGCCACACACGUGUGCGUGUGUGUGCGUGCGUGCGUGUGUGUGUGCGUGUGUGUGCGUGCAUGUGCGUGUGAGCUUUGCAUAUUCAAACACAGCACAGUUCCCACUUCAAGACCUGCACUUCCCCUAUAAUGUACUGUAUAUUUGAGUCUUUUCCCUGCUCUAAAUACAUGAAGGACUUGAUUAUUGUUUACUUGACAAGCUGUUGAGUGUGGGCAAAAUGCUAAAACAUUUGGAGAUAGACACUUCCCAUGAAGGGUAACACUUUUGUAAUAGAACUUUAUUGUAUAAUUGUUUUGAAGUAAUUUACAUGAAUGUUUUCAUUAAUGGUUAAAUGUUGAAACAUUGGGUUCUGCACUUCCUGUAAUUAAAGGUGAACAAAAAUAGUAUUAAUCAUGGUCAAAUUAAACGUGUCUCCAAACAUGCAUCAGCUAGAAUUUUGCUGGAAAAAAAUAGUUGGAAAAACAAACAAAACAUCUGAUAACUGUGAAUAUUGAUAGAUUUCAUUGACAUGAAUGUGUUGCCUUUUUUCAUUUAUCUUGCAGCAUUAUUAAUGUGCAUUACUCAUUAAAAUCAUAAAGAAAAUUCCCUUCAAAGUCAGCUGUCCUCUAUAGAACAUACGCAACUUUAUUGUUAGGCCAGACACUGUGCUUUUCCUGCCCUCUAGUGGUCAUUACGUGAUUUACACAGUUUCUACAAGAUUAUUAUUAGUAGCAGAUGAUUGGAUGAUUGUGGAUGAUUCAAGAUGAUUGGAUUCCUUGAAUGAAAUAUUCCUAAACUCCUGUGUUUCCUAAUAUAUGCUUUCUUACUUCUGUAACUCUUUUUAAACAUU